GUUAUAUUUUUUGGAAACUCUCGUUCGGUCUUCGGUCUUGUUUUUCCGGGUUCUGACUUUCAGUCAAACUAAAUUUUAACAUUUCCGUGUUGUUCUAGCUGUCUUCUGUUUUUGUCCAAUAGGAAAACGAAAACUAUGCCUUCAAGAGUAUAUAAUUAGGACAUUUCGUGUGGUUUUCAAACUAAUUUUGUGCUGUGUGCUGAGGAAUUCGCUUGUGUGUUUUGUUCUGGAAUUUUAAUUUAAUAAAAAUCAAUAAAGGAACUUAAGAUUUUGUUGUGAUAAGUGAAAGUGGGUUAUUUGUGUACAUAUAUUAUUUUUGAUUAGAAAAAUCGCUUAAUUUGUGAGUGACAACAAUGGAUAUCGAAAGUGGUGCUAAUGACGAUCUUAAGAAUGAAGUGACAGCCAUUCCAAAAUAUGGCUUAAAGCUGGCUUUUAAUCAUGUCUAUCCGGAAAAAAGGAAUCAGAAUUUGAGGCCAACAAUAAAGCAAUCGAUUCCAUUUAUUCCUUUGGUCUGUCGAUAUGCAUCCUACUAUUGGAAAUGUUCUCGAGAAGGACGUCGUGUCAUCAUGGACUACUAUUAUACGGAAACAGGUAAACAAAUUUAUGGUGUACCUUUGGGUGGAAUUGGGGGAGGCACUAUUGGUCGUGGUUAUGCUGGGGAAUUUUGUCGAUUUCAAAUGCGUCCAGGAAUGUAUGAAUAUAAUGUUGUUCAUGCGGAUCAAUUUAUUGUUACAAUCAAAGAUGAAAAGGAUAAGACGAUUUUCCAGAGCUUACUAUCGCAUUACAGCCCCCCUAAGAGUCCAAUGAAAUAUUGCAGCCGGCCUAAGACACCACUAAACUCAUGGGAAAACAACCUUGAUCCGGCUAAAUGCAACUACACUGGCCUAUAUCCCCGAGCUUGGUCAGAAAUCGAUUUGUCAGACUAUGGUAUUAAGCUAAUUUGCCGACAAGUGUCACCAGUGAUUCCACACGAAUACAAAGAAUCUAGCGUCCCAUGUGCUGUAUUUGUAUGGCAAGUGAUAAAUGUCGGUGAUAAAGAACGUAAAGUUACAAUUACUCUAACAUUUAAAAAUGGAACUGGCAAUAAAAAACAAGAUGCCGAAGGAUGUCCGGAAAGUGCUUUCUUCAACGAAGGACACACCAAGGGAAUUUCAAUUAAACAGAAAUUAAAUGACAUGCAAUUUACAUACAAUUUGGGUUGUCGUAUAUUGCCGGAAGUUAAUAUCACAAGAUGUACACAAUUCGAUCCGACAGGAAAUGGUGAGAAAUUAUGGACGGAAUUGGCUAAAACCGGACAACUAGGCGAUAAGGUUAUCGAUGAAAAUUUAAAAAAUAAAGAUCUCGGAGUUGGAAUUUGUUCUCAAGUUCUUGUUCGACCGAAUUCAAGUCAUGACUUGGAAUUUGUCCUAGCAUGGGAUAUGCCAAAUGUAACAUUUCCAAAGAAAAUCAACACCCACACAAGAUAUUAUACCAAAUAUUUUGGUUCUGAUAAUGAGGCUGGACCUAAGAUUUGUGAUUAUGCUAUAAAAAGUUACUCGAAUUGGGAAAAAUUAAUUGAAGCAUGGCAAAAGCCAAUAUUGGAUGAUGAGGGACUUCCUGAUUGGUAUAAAAGUGCCAUAUUUAAUGAGCUCUAUUUUAUUUCGGAUGGUGGCGCUAUAUGGCUUAAAUGUGAUUCUUCAUUUGGCAAGGAAUUGGAAUAUGAUGAUCCAAGAUUAGCAUAUGGUCGUUUUGGAUAUCUCGAAGGACAUGAAUAUCGAAUGUAUAAUACCUAUGAUGUACAUUUCUAUGCAUCACAUGCUCUUUCUCAUUUAUGGCCUAAUUUACAGGUAAGUGUACAGUAUGAUUUUCGUGAUGCCAUCAAUGCUGAGUUACUCGAAUCAAGAAAAUGUCUAUACGAUGGAAAAAAUCCACCAAGAAAAGUUAAAAAUUCUGUUCCUCAUGAUUUGGGUGAUCCCGAAGAAGAACCAUUUACAAUGAUAAACUGUUAUAAUAUCCAUGAUGUUAACGAUUGGAAAGAUUUGAAUACUAAGUUUGUACUGCAAGUCUAUCGUGAUUAUUAUGUUUUGAAUGAAAUAGCACAAGCUCAGACGGAUAAUGCGAGUAAAUUUAGUUCGAUUGAGUUCAUAGACAAGGAUAGUUUAUAUGAGAUGUAUAUGCAGGAUAAUAAGAGAAAGAAUUCAGCAGAGGAAAAGCAGAACCAUAGAAAAUCAGCUUCAAUGUAUAUAAAUGAGACAAAUGGAAAAGUGUACCUGAUGGAUUCGGUUGCUUAUCUGAAAGCUAUGUAUCCAGCUUGCAAAUCUAUUAUGGAAAAAGCCAUGGAAUGGGACAAGGACAACGAUGGUUUGAUUGAAAAUCAAAAAAUGCCCGAUCAAACUUAUGAUAGUUGGGUAAUGGAGGGUCCAAGUGCUUAUUGUGGAGGAUUGUGGCUUGCAGCUUUACAAUGUAUCUCAGCAAUUGCAACUCUUCUGGAUCAACCCAAUGAUUGCCUGAAAUAUCAAGAAAUUCUAGAGAAAGGCAAAAAAUCUCUUGAUGAAAAACUUUGGAAUGGAAGUUUUUAUAAAUUUGAUAUGUCAAAUAAGGAAACAAUUAUGGCCGACCAACUUUGUGGACAUUGGUACCUGAAAACUUGUGGAUUUGAUUAUGAGAUCUAUCCAAAAGAAAAUAUUCGUUCAGCACUUUCUGUUAUCUUUAAAAAUAACGUUGAAGGUUUCUGUGAUGGCAAUAGUGGUGCUGUUAAUGGUUUCAUUCCAAGUAGUGACCCAGAUAAGCCUGGUCAUGUAGAUACAAUUACGAUACAAAGUGAAGAAGUAUGGACUGGUGUUACAUAUGCGUUAGCAGCCACAAUGAUUCAUGAGGGUAUGUUUGAAGAAGCAUUUAAAACUGCUGGUGGAAUGUACAAGACAAUCUCAGAAAAAACUGGAAUGAGCUUCGAAACACCAGAAGCACUUUAUGCUGAGAAAAAAUAUCGUGCUAUUGGUUAUAUGCGGCCAUUGAGUAUUUGGUCAAUGCAGGUUGCUUGGGAAAGACGUAAGGCUUUGAGGGAUUAAGUCGAUUAAUUCUAAGAAAAAAAAAAAAACUAUCCAAAAACAGAGUUUGUUUCUUAUUAUAUAUAAAUUAAGUGUGUGGGUUUUUGAUAUUACAUUAUAUGAAUACAAUCUGGCUUUAUAAUCUCUCUCUUUCCUCUUUUGCCUCUUCAAGUGUCUACUAGUAGAUUAUAGUACAUAAAAUGUUUAUUUUUUUAAAUGUGAUAAGAACAUAGAAAACAAAAAACUUCUCAAGUUACUGCAGGAAUGUGCCUCUUCUUCUUCUAAAGGAUAAAUAGCAUACUAUAUAAAAAAAUAGAAUUAGAAAAAAGCAAUAUGUGAGAGUGAAUUUUUCAAAAUGCAGGGUAUUUAAAAACACUAUUUUUUUUGCUGUCUGAAACAGAACAAGAAUUUAAAUUGUCACAAAAAUACUUAAUCAUGUAAAUUUAGCGGUGCUAUUAUAAUAUUUUCAAUACGACAAAAAGAACACUAGAAAUAUUCAUAAAUCAGUUUUUCUAAGCCAGUAUUUAACAGGUUACAUGUUAUAGGUGUUUUUUAUUUUGUUUCUACAAUUUAAUUGUUUUUAAAAUUCAGUAUUACAAAAUAAAUAUUAAUAUAAUUAUGUUUUGUUUGCGUUUAUAUAAUUAUAUAUUUAAAAAAAAGUUUAUGCAUUUAAAUAAAAGAUUGAAAUAUGUUAAAAAAGACUACAUUAUUAUUAUUAUUACUAAAUAUUAUAUAAAAAUCUUAAAUUCUGGUUUGUAUAUUUAAAAAUAAUUGAAAAUGUAUUUUUAAAAGAAAGCACAAUCAAUACAAUUUAUUAAGAACUCAAUAGAAAAAAACCUAAAGAGCACUGUUGUGUGAAUUUAUUUGUAGACAAAGAACAAUGUCAUUUAAAAAAUUCCUAAUAUUUAAUGUGUAAUAAAUUUUGUGUAAGAUUAUUUAAAAAUCCAGUUGAAAAUAAAAUAAAAAUUAAUGUUAAAAAAAUAA